GUCAGGAGGAGCACAGAAAAGAAGAGAGAGCAUGUGGCAGAGCGUGGGUCUGACAUUUUUGGUAUUCAUAGCCACAUUAGUCUGUGUUCUACUGUUUAUGCUAUGUGGUUGGUACGUGGUUUGGCAUCUCUUCUUAUCAAAAUUCAAGUUCCUUCGAGAACUUGUAUGUGACAGUGGUUCUAUACAAGGAGAAAGUGAACCGUCUGAACCACUCAAAGAAGCAGACUCUCCACCUACUCCACAGAGGUCACGGCCAAAGACUCCCCGACAAAGGUGGCCACCUGCUGAAGAGGGCACCUAAGAAUGUCAGCAGUUCAAAGCAUCGUCCAUUGGGAAACUCAAAUGCAAUAUUUUACUUAUCUGCACUGUAGAAGUCAACUUUUUCAUUUUAUUGAAGCACUGACUUCAUAAGGUUGGGGUAGGUGAGAAUACCAGGGGAAUACAUUAAUUUACCAUUCAAAUGCUUUACUACAGUUUAGCUGUGUAUAUAUAUUCUGCUUUUCCAAUGGCUGUGAAGGUAUUAUUUGCAUGAUGGUAGACAUGGGAAGGAAAGACAGAGAACCAUGUGUAACAUGCACUUACUGUC